AUGUUCUUUGAUGGAGCGUCAAAUUUCAAAGGAGUCAGAAUAGGAGCAGUUUUGAUUUUCGAGACAAGUCAGCACUACCAUAUCUCAGCAAAGAUCAGAUUUCCCUACACGAACAAUAUGGCGGAAUACGAAGCUUGUAUCCUCGGGCUUAGGGUGGCGGUUGAUAUGAACAUCAAAGAAAUUUUGGUAAUAAGCGAUUCUGACCUAUUAGUUCAUCAGGUACUAGGAGAAUGGACCACCAAGAAUGUCAAAAUUCUUCCAUACUUACAUUGCGUAAAGGAGUUGUGCAAGCAGUUCACAGAGAUUGACUUCAAGCAUGUCUCUCGAAUCCCAAAUAAGUUUGCUGAUGCCUUUGCAACAUUGUCAUCUAUGAUCCAACAUCCAAAAAAGAAUUACAUCGACCCUAUCAAGGUAGAAAUACACGACCAGCAAGCGUAUUGUUUUCACGUCGACGAGGAAUUAGACGGCCAACCAUGGUACUACGACACUAAAAAGUUGCUUGAGACAAGAGAAUAUCCAGAAAAUGCUACUAACAAACAGAAUUGGACCUUAAGGAGAAUGGCAAAUCACUUCUUCCUCGAUGGAGAAAUAUUGUAUAGGAGGACUUCAGACCUAGGAUUGCUAAGAUGUGUGGAUACUGCAGAGGCGACAAGGUUGUUAGAAGAAGUACACGCGGGAACAUGUGGACCCCACAUAAACGGAUUUACUUUGGCAAAGAAGACUCUGAGAGUGGGAUACUAUUGGAUAACUAUGGAAAGAGACAACAUUCGCCAUGUACAAAAGUGCCAUCAAUGUGAGGUUCACGGAGAUUUCAUUCGAGUUCCCCUAAAUGAGCUCCAUGUCGAAGCUUCAACGUACAAGGCAGUAACAAAGAAGGUGGUAGCAGAUUUUGUUCGCAACAAUAUAGUCUGCCGGUUUGGGAUUCCAGAGUCAAUUAUCAUAGCUAAUGCAGCUAAUAUCAACAGCGAUCUUAUGAGAGAGACUUGUGAAAAGUUUUGGAUUGCUCACCGAAAUUCCACAGCUUAUCAACCACAGAUGAAUAGAGCGGUCAAAGCAGCCAAUAAGAACAUCAAGAAGAUCUUGAGGAAGAUAACAGACAGUCACAGGCAGUGGCAUGAAAAGUUGCCAUAUGCUUUGCUUGGUUACCGUACCAUGGCUAGAACAUCCACAGGAGCAACUCCCUACAUGUUGGUCUAUGGUUCCGAAGCUGUGAUACCUGCAGAAGUAGAGAUACCUUCUCUAAGAAUUAUCCAAGAUGUUGGUUUGGAAGACAUAAAAUGGAUACAUAGUAGACACGAACAGUUGAUGCUCAUUGAAAAGAAAAGGAUGGACGCUGUCUCUCACGGUCAGCUUUAUCAGAAUAGGAUGUCCAAGGCACUUAACAAGAGAGUAAGGCCUAGGAAAUUUGAAUCAAGGCAGUUGGUUUUAAAGCGAAUACUUCCUCAUCAUGACGAAGCUAAAGGAAAAUUCGCACCAAAUUGUCAAGGUCCAUACGUGGUUCAUCGAGUGCUUUUAGGAAGAGCAUUGAUUUUGGCAGAAAUUGAUGGAAAAGUGAGCACAAAGCCCAUCAACUCAGACUCGAUCAAGAAGUACUACAUCUGA